AUGGGUAAUACUAAAAUAUAUGGCGUUAUUGGACCAAUAAUAUCUUCCGUAGCCGAAGCAGUUGGAUUAACGGCAAAAAACUGGAAUCUUGCUAUGGUAUCUCCAAGUGCCAUUUCCGUCUUGCUCAAUGAUCGCCAAAAAUAUCCAUAUUUCUACCGUAGUUCAAUAUCGGACGAUUUAUACAUGGAAUCUUACGUUGCUAUCAUCAAGCACUUUAAUUGGACCGACGUUGCCGUUGUUUAUGAAGCUUCAACAUCAUAUUCUCCAUCUGCAAGUAACUUUAUUUUACUUCUGGAGAAGAAUAACGUAACAGUCAGCUCUUCCCAAGGGAUUCUGCAUACCUACGAUGAAACAGUUAAAAAUUUUAAGGAUAAUGGCGUUCGUAUUAUUUUUGGUCUAUUGCAAAUAACCGCUAUGCAACAUUUAGCUUGUGCAGCAUAUAAAGCAGGUUUAUAUGGCAACAAGUAUCUGUGGGUCCUCCCUGGCUGGUACUAUAACGCAUGGUAUGAAAUUUCAGAUCCGAAGAUUGGAUGCACAACAGAUCAAAUUUAUGAAGUAAUAAAUCAUUAUUUAGCCACAUAUCGAUCAUUCAAUCGCUAUGAUAACAAAACUGAGACCAUAUCUGGUAAGACACCAUGGAAAGUUUUUCAAUACUUUCGCUCUAAUUCUCUUGUUACACACAAUCAUGAUCAUAUGAAAGGCUAUACCUACGAUGCUGUUUGGAUUUUGGCUAUGGCCUUGAAUAAAACCGAUGCGGAAUUGAAAAAAAGAAACCAAUCUUUAUUAGAUUUCAAUUAUUCUGAUAAAGCUAUUAUGGCAAUUCUAAAUGAAAGCCUAACAAAUACUUCAUUUAAUGGUGUAACCGGUCAUGUUUGCUACGAUGGGUUUGAAAGAAUUGAAGAUGUUCACAUUUUGCAAUUACCAGAUCGAAAUGAUAGCCUAGAAAUGGUUCCAGUUGGUAUCUACGAUAUACAAUCGAAAUCAGUAUCAUUCUAUAAAGAUAAUCCAAUCACAUGGCCAGCCGGUGUUAUUCCAAAAUCUCCUCCAGAAGUACUGGAAGUUAGGCAGCUAAUUUCCUACACUGCUGGUUUCAUAUUUGCAUGUUUAGCUACUUGUGGCAUUAUUACCGCCAUUGGUUUCUUUAUUUUUAACAUCUUGCAUAAAAAUCAAAAACAAUUAAAGUUGUCCUGUCCACGCUUGAACAACGUCUUGAUUAUUGGUUGCAUAAUUUGUUAUUUGGAUGUAAUCGUAUUUACUUUUGAAACAGCUAAAAUCGCAAGACGACAUAUGCAAAUAUUGUGCCAAGCCAAAAUUUGGCUCAUCUGUACUGGCUUUACUUUAGUUUACGGCUCGUUAUUUGCUAAGACGUGGCGAAUCCAUAAGAUUUUUACGAAUAAAACUUCCAAAGCAGUUGCUAUAAAAGAUUGGCAGCUUAUUGCAAUAGUAUGCAUGUUGCUAUUUAUUGAUAUCCUAAUUUUUAUUAUAUGGAAUCAAGUCAAUCCUAUGGAAGAAAAGCGGUAUAUUAUUUCUACAAAGGAUGGUGUUGAUCCGAGAUAUAAAAUACAAAGUGUUUACUAUUUCUGCUCCUGUGAGAAUUUAGCAGUAUGGCUUGCUACAAUUUGUGUUAUCAAAUUUGUGCUAUUAGUCUUUGGAAGUUUCUUGGCGUUCGAGACUCGAAAUAUCAAUAUUACUGGACUGAACGAUUCUAAAUACAUCGCCUUCUCUAUCUAUAAUAUAUUGAUAUUUUGUAUCCUUGGUUUAAUUGCAUUUAUUACUGUCACCGUUCAAGUUACCACAAGUUAUUGCUUGAUCAGUAGUUGCAUUAUUAUUUGCACCACAACCACAAUGCUGAUGCUAUUUGUACCUAAGAUUCUAGCAUGGAAAAAUCAGUGGAAUCAUGUCCAUCAAAAUCUACAACUAACUGCCAUAGCGACUGUUGCAGCAUAUAACGAAAAAUGCCUUGCUAGUUCGAACGUUAAAGAGGUUGAAAAGCUACAAUCAGUUCUUCAGCAGUUACCACACUUAGUGGUCAAUAAUAAAAUUACUUAUAAGAAAUAUAAACGUUAUCAUAAAUUGCAUCAAGAGCUGGUUAAUUUGAAUAUUAAGUUGAAAACAAUGAAACAAGAAAGCAAAUGUGGGCUAUCCGAAAUACCAUCCAUAACUGAUUCUCAGCAAAAAUUAGACCCGUAG